GGGGUUGAAGAUAAGAGAAGACCUACAGGCUUGCAUUACCCCGCUGGACAUUUAUUUAAAAGGGAAACUCUACCCUCUUCUACUCCUUUCCCUGUUUCUAUCUUACAAUUGUCGAAGUUUGAUACUGAAUAUACACAAUGUCUACCAAAACCCCCAUCCUGACCGAUAAAGCACCCAAGCCCUUGCCGGGCAUCUACUCCCAGGCCAUUGUCGCUGGAGGCGUUGUCUACUGUUCCGGUGCAGUGGCCAUGGACCCAGAGACGGGGAAGAUCGUCGAUGGAGAUGUCAAGGCUCAUACGCACCAAUGCAUCAAAAACCUGACCCAUAUCCUCGAAGCCGCCGGAUCAGAUAUCAACAAGGUCGUCAAGGUUAAUGUAUUCUUGUCUGAUAUGGAUGACUUUGCCGGUAUGAACUCGGUGUACACACAGUACUGGGGUGAUGUUAAGCCAUGCCGGACAUGUGUUGCCGUCAAGACACUGCCUUUGAACACUGAUGUGGAAAUUGAGUGCAUUGCGACGCUGUAGGUGGAUCUUGUACAUAGAUUGCAUGUAGAAUUAAAACU